AUGAACAAAACUAGCUCAGUUUUUUAUUGUGGAUGCAAGAUCUGUUGCAGAUGGGAUGGCUUAACUAUUUUUAUUGAUGCUGCGGACCCCAGAGAAGCACCAUAUGUUCCCUUGGCCGUACGACCGGCAGUCUCACAACGAGCAAAAGCACGUGCAUCAAGGGAUUAUAUCACAGCAGAUGCACUUCAGCAGUUCAUUGCUGAUGCUGGUUACAGAGUCAUCAAGGGUCCUAAUGGUGGGGAUACUCUUGUCAAGAAGUAUCGGAUACGGUUGAGGGGUAUUGAUGCACCAGAGAUCCAAAUGCCUUUUGGAAAAGAGGCAAAGGUAGAACUCACUAAGCUACUCCAUGGAAAGUGUUUGACUGUUGGUGUUUACGGCGUUGAUCAGUAUGGUCGGUUCGUAGGAGAUGUCCAUUGCAAUGGAAAUUUUGCACAGAAAAUAAUGCUCCAAAAAGGGCUCGCCUGGCAUUUUGAAAAGUAUGACAAACGCCCUGAACUCAAAAAGUGGGAGAAGGAGGCUAGAGUUGCUCGCGUUGGGCUGUGGGCAUCCCCGAAUCCUGAAAAGCCAUGGGAAUGGAGAAAAAUAACUCGAGGGUGCUCCAAGCUGAAACGGGAUACUUCCUGGGUUCAAUCACUCAUUGAUGAAGGUGAAAGAAAUCCCGAGGGCCUUAUAUAUGGUAGCAGAAACCCUCAGGCAGACAUUACCCUCUUCAAGGAUGAAAUUUUGCAAAAAGGGGCUUUGAUAUUAGCAACAUCCUCCCAUGUAGCAUCAGCUGCAGUUGUAUGA